GCCAUCUCUUUUUCUGGUGUAACAAGCUCAUGGGCUUCGUUGUGAUCAAGUCUCACCUGGCGACGUUGGAGAAAGCCUUCCAGAAACCUCUCGGUUCUCGAGUUCUCGACGUGCUUCUGCUGCUCUUUGGGCUGUCGCUGAUCACCGCUACCGUCCUGUAUGUGCCUUGGGCAGGGUGGUGGGUGCGCAUCCUGGGACAUGAAAAUAUGGUCGUUGUUGCGGCUCUGCUAGGAUGA